AUGGGCAGUCAACAAAGUGUGCCGGAAGGCGAAGAGGGCGACGUCAGAAGCCGGUCAGCCUCGCCCUUGGUCCAGGAAGACAACCACUGGGGUAAAUACGAGAACAACGAGAGCUAUGAUGAUGCCAUUCCCGACGUACCCUACGGCCAGCAGUUCAACGAGCAGCCCCAAUCUCCUGUCGCGCCCAACUCCGGAGAGCGCAAGAAAAAGAAAAAGAAGAAGAGCAAGCACCGACGCUCGCCCUCCCCUGCUGCUGAGCCCGAGGUGAACGGCGAUUCCCACGACCAAGACGCCACCUUUGCAGACCCAGAACCAACCGCGGCUGAGGAUCACGAAAUUCCAGAGGCUGGCAAGAAAAAGAAGAAGAAAAAGAAGAGGUCCAAGCCUGAGCCCCAGGUCGAGGUCGAGGAGGAGGAGGAGGAGCAGCAACAACAACAACAACCCGAACCCGACCAUGAGUUGCCCCUUGACUCCCCGGAACUUCACGAGUCACCCAACCUCAAGUUCGAACGCCCUGAAGUCGCCGAGCCCGAACCACAAUCUGCUGCUCAAGCAUCUGCCAAGUUCAAGAAAAAGAGUCGCAAGUCGAAAAAGGUCACUGUCGACAUUUCGGACGAUCCCAUUAGCGAUGGCGAGGACAAUGUCGGACGAACCGCAAAGAUUCACAGAGGCGAAGCUCCGACUUCCGAUGCUCAUGUCAAAAGGCGAAGACUGUCACCCGAGCCUGUUGCCGACGAGGAAGACGAGUACGACCAUGGAGAGGUUGAUGCUUCGUUCGUCAAGAGGGAGCCCGGUGCCGACGAGCAUGAGCCAAGCAUGGUUGCUGGCCAUGAGCAUACCUCCCCGCUCGUGGCCCGUGAGCGACGGAGGGCUCGCUCUGCUUCGCAACAUCCUGUCGAGGUCGCUUCAAGCGCUCCUCUGGCACCACAAUUUGCUACCCAACAGUCCUUAAGCUUCCACGACGAAAGCUUCAACAGCACCCGCAUUCCUGCUUCGAUUCACCCAGUGGACUUGGACGAUCACAUCAAUGGCCUUCCCAGCACCCAGGAUUUCGCCGAUAGUCUGCCCCCGAGCUCUCAAGCCCAGUUCAAUGGCUUUCCUCACAGCUCCCAACGACCCCGCACUGACGGUCUCCCGGCUAUGAAGAGCAGCAUGUGGGAAGACAACAUGCCCCAUGAUGCCAUGGACGGGCCAGAGGAUAGCCAUGGCCACGAGGGGCUCAGGCAUGAUGCGGACGAGGUCGAGCGAGACAACGCUGACAUGGACACUGCUUCUUCUGCUGGCGAUCCCGAACCUGACAACCAUUCUGACCACGAAAUGGAUAUCGACCAAGAAGUUGCCAACAACGAAGAACCAAGUCCCGAAAUCGAUGCUGUUGCCGAGGUCGAAGACGACCAAGAUCCUGCCCCUGAGGUCUCGGUGGCCCAGACUCCAGCUCGCAAGGCUCGCAAGUCCCAUGCCAAGAAAGCACAAGCUCAACCCGAUGUCGAGCCUGAACGAGUCGAGCAAGCUGAGGAAGCCACUCCAGCACCAACAUCCACAGCAAAGACGCCGCGUUCCAAGGGCUCGAAGCGAAAGGUAAAGGUUCCGUACUUUGAACGUGAGGAGGUCGAAGCACGCGAUACCGCCGAGACGUCUGCUGAGCCUUCCGUCAAGGAAGUUGCCGCCACCCAAAAGGACCAGAAGCGGGAGAAGAAGCGCAAAGUACGUGCCGAGGACGAACAAAGCACUUCCAACGUUGAGCCAGCACCUAAGAAGGCCAAGGUCAGCACAAAGAAGAAGCCUGCCAAGAAAGCCGAUACCGAAGAAGACAAUUCUGAAGUGGAGGAAGCAGGCGACAACUCCAAUAAGGCAAAUCUACAAGGUCGGGUGACGCCGGCCGAACAUGCUCGCAUCAAGGCGGUAAUCGACUCGUUCAGGGAUGCUCAAGGACUCACCAAGUAUGAGGUCAAUGAGAUGAUUCGUCAAGACCCACGAAAGGACCCGAAGAACAGGGAGCUAUGGGCCCUAAUUGUCGAUGCUUGCCCCAACCGGCCACGAAGAAAAGUGGUCAGCCACUGCAGGCAGAAUUUCCACAACUUCCCUGCCCGUGGUUCAUGGACCAAGGAGCAAGAUGAGGAGUUGGAGAGUAUGCUGAAGCUGCACGGCCAAAAAUGGACGCUAAUCGGUGGUCUCAUUAAUCGCUUCCCGGACGAUGUUCGUGAUCGCUACAGAAAUUAUCUCGCCUGCGGGGGCAAAAACAGAAAAGAUUACUGGUCCGAACAGGAGGAGGAGCGUUUCCUCAAGGUCGUUGCGGAGGCUAUUGACAAGAUCAAAUCCGGCAUGUCCAAGUCCAAGAAAAAAUCCGACGACGAGUCGCCAGAAAGCCUCAUCAACUGGCAACAGAUCAGCACGGCCAUGAACCACACCCGAUCUCGCCUUCAAUGUUUGCAAAAGUGGAAGACCUUGCGCAAGAAUGAGGCUUUGCCCGACAGCAUCAUGGUCAAGCUUCCCGAUGGCGAAUCUUCUCGCUUGGAUAAGGCUCGCAAAGACUUGCGCAAAAUCACGCCCCAAGACAAGGCCCUUUUGGCGCGUGCCAUCCGAGACUCUGGCGCUGACCGCGAAGCCAAAAUCAAAUGGAACCAAAUCCAGGAAGAUGUUUUCGAAAAACAGUACGCCAAAACUGCUCUGAAAGUCACCUGGGGUCGUUUGCGACAAGCCGUGCCGCAAUGGGAAUCCAAGUCUACCCAAGAGUGUGCCAAAUACCUUUGCGACAUGUACGAGCGCGAUGCCGACUGGAAGGGCGAUGACGAAGUCGGUGGUGACGAUGCGGAAGAUGACGCUGAUGCCAGAUCUACCGUCAGCAGACCUGCUUCCGUGGUGGUCUCGUCCACGCAGCAGACCAAGAUCUACCGCACACCAAGAGUCGGCCUGUGGGAUCCCCCAAAGGGAACCAAGACCAAUCUCAGCAAUGUCUUUGCCGAAUCGUCAGACAAUGAGAUGCGCGGUCGAGCUUCUCAGCGUGCGAGAGAGCGCGCAAAGCGGUUAAAAGAGUCAGAAAAGGCGUCAUCCAAGUCCAAGAAGUCACAACUUUCGGAGGCCAUUGUCCACGAUGAGGAUUCGGAUGAGGAAGAGGUCGAAGAGAGCAUCAACGGAGACAUUACCGCUGUCAACGGCAAUAAUAACCAAGAUAUCGAACUCGACGACGCUCCCGAGAUUGAUGCCGAUGAAGAUGACGAGGAGUCGGAGCCAGCACCAUCAGCGCCCGUCGUGCGUAGCCGAGCCGCCAGCGUUGACCUUGGCGAACCCUCCUUCAUUUCAAGCCCACAACUCCCCACUUCCGCCCAGAAACCUCAAGAUUCUUCCGAUGACGAAGAUGACGAUGUGAUCGCUACCGCAUCCAAGGCCGCCCCCUUCAAAGCCUCCAAAAAGGCAGCAGUCCGCACUUACGGCAAGGCCUCCAGGUCCACCAAAUCCAAGCGCAAAGAAAAGGAGCUCGACCUGGACGUCCCCCUUGUCCUCGGCGCUGCCGUCCCUUCCCUCCCGCCGCCAUUUACUUCUCUCUCCACAGCAAGUCAUCACCAUCCCCAGCUAAGCCCCAAGCGUCCCGCCGCUCACCGCCCAUCUUUCAACGACGAAUCUGACCACUCCGAUGCUCCGGCCCACAGUCAAAGUCAACAUAACAAGAAACGUCGCAUCCUCACUCGCCAGCCAUCUGUCCGCACGACCGAGACCAUCAUCAAGACUACCGCCUCGGUCGCCAAGGCUAGCAAGCGGAGGAAGGCAUCAGAUGACUCAGCCGCAGCAGACUCUUCGGAGCUGGCGGUUGCAUCAGCCGUGCCAGAUCACCUACUCCUCGAUCUGGUAGAGAUGGACGGUAAUCUCGCCGAUGACAGUCUGGUUUCCCUGGAUAGACCGGGUGAUGUGGUUGGUGGGGUGGACAGGGAGAAGAAGGUGGCUAGUAAGGCGAAGCAGGUUCGGAAGAAGUUGGCUGCUUCGACGGCUGCUAGUGUGGCGUCUACCCCGGCGCCGUUGGUGAAGACUAGGGCUCCUUUUGUUUCUGUGACUCAGGUGGAUAAGAUGGACAAGGACACGAGGUCGUAUAGCGUCAUCAGCAGCGAUAUGGAUGAUAUGGAGGAUAUUCCGGCUGUGCUGCCUGCUGUGGAUGGUACACAGGGUUAGAUGGAUCAUGGAUGGAUUGUGGAUGGGGGAGUUUAAUGGAUCGUGGUUGUUGUUGAACGGUGAUGGACUCAGGUGUGAUAAAGAGAAACGAAUGAAAGAAGAAGGGCCAUGGUUAAGCAUUAUUGCAUUCAAGACAUUAUAGGUUUAGGGGAAUGGUAUGGUCUCUUUGGGACUCAAAAGAAGCUCAAAAGAAGCGUUCUGGUUUCA